UGGAUGUGAAGAUAGAGACACGAUGCAAAAAAAACUUGAAAAAAUCCCUUCUGAUGUAAUAGAAUUGAUGGACUUGGCCAUCUAUUCAUUUGCAUGCAUUUCGGGUUUGAAAUCCAGUGAUAAAGUUAGAGGGAAUCCAGUGGUGCUUGGCGUACUGGCCAUGUUCUUCAAAAUGUUGGAGGUGGCAAAGGAAUCCACGCGGGGCGCAUUCCAGGCAAGAUUCGUAGAUGCGACGGUGGAUAAGCCUGGAAGAUUCGAGAAAGCCGUUUGUUCCAGGCUAAAGUUAGCAAAGGCAAAGAAGCUGAAUGAGACAGGACCGCCAGAUAUUCCAUCAUCUCUUCAAGAAAAGGUGGAAAGGUUUAAUGAGGCAACCGAGCGCGUGCGGACGAAGUACUAUCYACGUUGCUGGAGAUGCCAAGAGAGAUGUCGCUGUUGCGUACUUAGAAGGAAGGGCAAGCCCGUAGCCGCAUUUGGCUCAGAGUUGAUGUCUCCAUUCCUUUCCUCAUUGGAUGCGAUUGCAGAUGCAAAGGCAUUCCUGGACCCAGAUGAAGAAGAAGAACCCAGUAUGCCAGAUGGCUUGGAGGAAAUUGCAGAUGAUGAAGCGGAUAAGCUAAUGGAUAGAUUCUUCAAAGAAGAUAUAUCUGAUGAUGAGAAUGAGGAUGAUGAUGAUGAUGAUGAAGAAGAAGAUAGUAAAGACGAUAUGAGUGAAGUGGAUGAGGAUGCAUGAAUUUUCUCAUUAUGAUAAAAGUGAAAGAAAAAAGAUGAUGCUAAUUUCAUUUCUAUUUCAUUUCAUUCCAAAGUACACUUUGAAAUUCAACAGGGUGAUAUUAGUAAAA